CAGUUCAGUCUAGGAUAAACGGUUACGGCGGCCACAACACGAGCGCGCGUGCGAUUAGCCCGAGUUGGAGCCUUUCAAAGAGUCAAACAACGGAAGAGAGCACUACCACCGCAAACGUGUUGCGUAGUGUAAAGUGCUGCGAAAGCGAAAGUGCAAACCGAAACACACCGUCAAAUAUUUGUGUGGGUGAAAGAGUGUUAAAGUGUGUUCUGGGGAGUUCUCCCGCACGCAAAUGUGAACGCAGCAGAGCCCCAGCCAUAUUUCUCACGAAGCACAAGAAAAAUGCAACUCCACUUAUAUUUGGAUCAAGGCAAUCAAAUCGAAUAAGUUUUGUGUGCUAAUAAAGGCAAAUCGUGACGCGUUUUCAAUUGGUGCCAAAGCAAAUCCAUACAAAUAAAUGUUAAGCAAACACCACCGACUUGGUCAAUUCAAUCCAAUUCAAUUACCUAUCCCAACAUCAAUUGUGUGAAGAUAAUCAAUUAGAAAUAUUCAUUUUGAAAUCGUAUCACUUGCGACAGCGACAGCAACGCGAGCUGAUCAAAUAUAUUUUCCGAAUAGUUAUUUGCAAUUUGAAAAACCUCUAAAUCGCUAUCAAGAAUUUGCAGCAGCUGCAGCGCCCACCACAACAGCAACAUCGGAAAAAUGUUUAACUUUUGGAUAAUCGUUUUAUGUCUAGGAUUACUAGCAAUUAAGCCAACAAAUGGACAAUCGGACGUGGAUGUGCAAUUAGUGGUGCCGAGGUAUGUGGAGCGAGGCUCGAGCGUCACAUUCAAAUGCAAGCACAACGUAAUACCGGAAAUAUUAUUCAAGGUGACAUGGCUCAAGGUUGAGAAGGGCAAGUUCUUCGAGUUCAUAAACGGACGCAAUCCGCCGUUUCGUAACUCAACCAUCGAAGGAGCCGAAAUUGAUUGGGAGAACUCGAACGAAACGCAAGUGACAUUGAAGGAUGUGCAGUUCGAUUUGUCGGGCCAAUUCUACUGUGAGGUAUCAACGGACACGCCCAUCUUUACCAAGGCCAGCGCCGACGAGCUAAUGAGCGUUUUCUUGCCUCAGACAGGACCGCCCACCAUCAAGUUUCGAAAGCGCACUCCCUUCGCCAUAGGCGAGAAGCUGUUCGCACUGUGCAACACCACUCGAGGGCGGCCCGCCCCGCAUGUGACGUGGCUAAUCAAUGGCAAAAAGGUCGAGGAGAAAUACAUCCGCACACAUCACGUUCACUCGUUCAACGGCAAGCAUCAGCGUCGCACACAGCAGCAGCCGACGUCUCUGACUCAGCAACAGCUGCAGCACUACUACCAGCAGCAGUACUACAACCAAUAUCAGCCUCAGUACCACGUGCCCCACUACAUAGAUCGCUACGACAAGAGCCUACGCUGGGGCGGCUCCCGUCCGAUUGAUGAGUUCUCGCAGUAUGCGCCACAUCACGGCCACGACGGACACGGACAUCAUGGCAGCCUUGGCAACAUACACAACAAUCCGUUCGGCAUGCUGGCCAAUUAUCAUGACAUCGGUGAGAUACACGAGAUACAUCAGCGCAACUACGAUAUCAGCAAGAAGCAGAUGGAGCUCAAGAAGCAGCAGAUGGAGUUGAAGAAGCACAGAAACUCAAACCGAAAGUUCCGGCGCCAUAUUAACGAGAAUGCGCUCGGCAUAAUUCGCAGUACUCUGAACAGCGGCGGCUUCGGUCCUCAGGCACCCAACUUGAACAAGGAACUGGGCAUCCCUUCAAACGCCGGACCUAUGAACCAGCUGGCAGCCGGCUAUCAGCGUCCGCUGUCUCAUCCUGGCGGGGGCAGCGCUGUGGCCGCCGCAGCGGCAGCUGUGACUGCCGCUCAGAUGGAGAAGGGCAUGUUCAGCAUUAGUCAGCUCAACCUGGAGAUAACGGAGCAGCACGUGAGCACCAAUGGCCGCAUGGAGAUCACAUGUCUGUCCACAAUACCGGCGACGGUUGGCCAGGGCGAGCAGUACGCCGACUACAAAACGUAUUCGGUGAAAGUGGAGGUUGAGCGACACCAGGCGUCCUCCACGUCAACAGCGCCACCUAGCAUUGGGAUGGCAGCGCUUGGUAACGGUAAUGGACACGGAAACGAGACCUCUGCAGGUUGGAGGGCGCGUGGGGCUGUCCUGACGCAUCUGUGGUCGUUGGCGCCCCUGCUGAUAUUCGCAUUGCUGCCACUGAGCUAUUAGGCAGACCCAACGGCAAAAGUUGCAACACAAACUGCUGUAGGAGAGCAGACCACCGAAGUAGUAAAGGUUAGUAAAGGUACAGUACACCCAAACCGAGGGCACCGAUUGCAGCAGAAAAAAAAAUAUAUAAAAAAAAAAAAAAUAAAAAUAAAAUGAAAUAAAUAAAUAAAAAUAAAUAAAAUAGAAAGAGAGAAAAGCACAACAAAAAGUCAUACACAAGCGUUUGGCUUGCACACACAUAUUGUAGACCAAAUUUAAUUUAUUUCAGUGUAAUUAAGCUGAAAGCAUGCGGAGUGUGUGAAGAACAGUAAGCCAGGCAAACAUUUUAGAGCGAGUGCAUAAACAAUAACAUUUUUUGUCUCGUUCUGGCAAGCUAAUUAAAUGAGUUUUUUUUGUAAAUAAUUGCCGGACUGCAAUUUUGGUAUUCAAAACGAAACAGAAAACAAAAAUAACUGAAAGAAAUAUUUGUAAUUAAGUUGCAGUCAAAUGACAGCAAUGAGAAUCUGUUUCACUUUCAGCAGAAGGCGAUUUUAUAGUGUAGCGUAAUUUGUGUAAAGCUUACAAUUGAACAUUCCUUUGCCCCAGGUCCUGAGGAUGUCCUGAGAAAAACAGAUUAACAAAACGACAAACGGUUACUUUGCUAUUUGAAGGUCAGUCAGUUGCAGUUUUGAGCCUGGUCUAAUAUUUGUGGUAAUUCGCCAGCAAAAGAGAGAAAAAAUAAAUGUAUAUGAAACAAACAAUUGAAUUAGUUAAACAGAGUUGACGGAAAACUUGAGCAGUCGACAGACUCCUUGGGUUCAAGUACCUAAAAAAUGCUAAACAAAAGGAAAAAUGCUAAACAAAUGAAAUUUAAAAAAAAAAAAAAAAAAAAAAAAUUAACAAACAAAAACAAAAGUUAUGCAAAGAAAAGGAUAUUUUUUAUCGUGUUGUAAUGCUUUGGCUAAUAGCGAGAUGGCAAAUCUAAGGCUAAGAUUCGGUCGAAAUUGAAUUUGGGCCCUAGCUACCGAACAUUAAUUAACCCCCACAAAGAAAAUUAAAUGUUUAAAUGUAAAAUAAUUAGACAGUUAAACCAAGAAGCUUACAAAUACAAUCAGUGUUGAAAACAUUUUGAGAAAAACAAAAACCUUAACAACAACAAAAAUUAACAAAAACAAUACGAAAAAAAAAACAAAAGAAACGUGAAGAAAAGGCGUUGAAAUGGUCGCAAUCUGCCGCACGUGGCAAAUCAAAUAAAGGGUCACCCUAAAGGGGUGAACUCAGGCUGACGCGCAAUUCGCCUGUGCUGGUGUCGGUACGCCCGGUUCCCUACACUUACACAGCUUAUUUAUUUCCGUUCAUUUAGUCCUUAAUUGCGUUUUGUAAAUUGUUAUUAUCGCAAUGGAUCUGUCUAAAUUGUGCGAGUAGUUAGGAAAAUAUAUUCAUUUGUCUUUUGCAGUUGGUUAUUUUUUUUUUUUUUUUUAGACGUGGCGAGAUAUUUCCAUGUCUAUGUCGGUGUUUAUAUGUACGUUGAAUAGGGUAUUUUUAAAAGCGCUUUAAAUGUCUAUUGCUAACUGAAAAACUGUAAACGCGUAGCACUCAUUGUAACUAAAUAUAUGUAUCUAUACCAAUUAAGGCAGAAGGGAGAACUAAGAAAACCAAUAGGUAAAAGCACAGCGCAAAGUAAAUAUGUGUAAAGCAAGUAGCAACCUAGUAUAUACACUUCAACAAUAUACACCAACCUAUAAAUAUGCGUCUACAUAAGUGUGUAACUAUUUAGAAGUUAGGUAAAUAUUUUUAACUCCACAAAAACUAAAGAGAAAUGAAAAGUGUAUAAAAUUUAUUACACCUGCAAACAUUUUACUACAGUUCGAAGAAGUAGCAAAAUAAAAAACAUAUAAAUAUACAUACAUAUAUUAAAUGAGAGGCCCCCCAACAAAUUUCCGCAAUAAAUAGAAACAUUUUUUAAAACGGUUGUUCAAAUCAUUAGUUAAUAAAAUAUGCGGUAUACCCUUAGUUUCAGAUAAAAUUGAAAAAAAAAAAAAAAAAAAAAACAAAAACAGAAAAAUGCAUUAAUGUAGUUUAUACUUAAUGCUUUAAGGACUACAUACAAUUUUUAUAAAAAAGAAAAAUAAAUGGUAUAACAAAGUACAUAUUAUAUAUUAAAAAUAUGGCUAAAAUGUCUUAUGCAGGUAUUGACGUCUUCCUAUGCUACGCUGUCUAUUAUUAACUGAACAAGUAAAACAAUUGAAAAAUUUAUAAAAUAUACAUUAAUUAACUAGAUAAUAGGUAUAUUCUAAUAUAUGCAUGCAUACAUAUAUUCGUAUGUUCAACUUGUAACAUACAAGGGAUGCAUUAUGAGAAUGUGUUAACUUGUUAAUGCGACCUAAAGUAACACUUCAUCCGAGGGAUGGAACAACAAUAACAAAUAUCUUUAUCUAUAAAUGAUUUAUUUUAAGUGAGAAUCUAUGGACUUUUACUUAUUCAAUAUGUUGAGCAUUGUCUUCAUUUCGUAUUUCUUUCCCAACUUACUCUUUCAUCUAAUUUUUUUUAAAUAUAGAUACAGAGGAUCCUUAACAUAAUUUAUAAUUUCUUGUCUCAUAAUUAAGGGUAAAUACAUACUUCCCACCAAUCUAUAAGACACUCUAGCAUAAUCCGAAUCAUAUCACGCAUUCAUGUCAACCAUAUCAAGUAAAAAUUCCUUUAAUGUCUCAAUGUGCAUGCAUGCCAUACGAGCACACAUACAUACAUAUAUUCAUACGAACAUACAUACGAAUACAUUCAAACAAACCUUUCUGUCUCAGACUUUCGUGUAUUAGCGCUUUAACUGUUCAAAAAUAAGUCCAUGCACAGAUCGAAAAGCAUCUUAACACCUACAUAAAUAUUGCUUAUGUGGGCAGAUCAAAUUCUAUAUUUAUGGGGUAUAUACAUAAGCAAGAAAACUCUUUAAAAUGAAUAAAUGUAAUGAUUUCUUUUAAAAAGAAAAUAAAUAAAUGUCACAGCAAUUCGCAAAACAUAUCAUAAAUGUUGUACAAUUUUCUGUGUUAAAUGAAUGUAAGCAAAAAGAACGUGUUAUAUUUAUAUAUAUAAUACUGAUGUAUAUACAUAUAUAAAUAUAUAUAUAUAAAUAUACUGCGACCCAACGAACUUUCGGGAACUUAUUUAAAUGCAUUUUGCACAUUUUUCCAGUUUAAAAAAUCUUCGAUUUACUCAGCGCCCAGCGAUGGCUUGAAUGAAAAGAGCAAAAAUUAAUACAAAAUGAAUAUAAUUGAAUUAAUGGCGAGACAGGUAAUACGAGUAACUAACAGAGAAUAAACUUUGACAGCCACAAGCCACAACACGAAAAGAGACACAAUUAAGACAAUUAACAAUAUUAACAAUUCAACAUCGAUAUGACUGGCAGCGGCCAUUGCAUUAACAUAAUUUAAUUCAAUUGAAAUAGUUCAAUGAUGCUCAAUUGUGAAGCAGCAGUAAUUACGUAUACUGUACGUUUAUUGAAAUGGGAAAUCAGUUUUCAUAUGCCGAUAGAACUGGUGUAUAUCGAAAUACACACAGACAAACAUACUCUUUCCUUUGCUUGACAUUAUUUAAGUUAACUCAUCAGCCAACAUGAACACAAACAAAUCUUCAUACUUUACAUGACUUGUUAAGAGCAUAUCAUCGGGCCAGAUAAAACAUAACAUUAACACGCUAUAAGUAUUUUUGUAAUCGUAACCGUGGGUACCUACAUAAUUACAUUGACAUACAUACAUAAACUACACGAUUCUUCCAAUUACACAUAUCAUUGCGUAUAUAUCAAAUAUUUACACAAACUAUUUAUAUAAAGAGAAAAUAUGAAAUUAGCAAAAAACAAUUAAUGCCGAGUUUGUAUUACACAAUGCUGCAACAAAAAAAAAAAAAAAAAAAAAAAAAAAAAAAAAAAAAAAAAAAAAAAAAAAAAAAAAAACAAACAUACAUAUAUCAUUUAAAUCAUUUAUUGAAUAUGAAGAUAAAUUAAAUAUAUCAAUGCAUGCUUAUACACAUGUGAAAAAUGUCAUGAUUUAAUAUUGAUUUAUUGUUUCGCAAUGAGUUGCCCUUUGUUAAGAAUAUAUUUUAAUAAAUAUUGUACUAUAAAUCCUAAGAUAUAUGUAAAUAGCAUAAAGAGAGCUAUUAAAAAUAAAAACCACAGCGGCUAAGAAAUUCAAUUCAAUGAUGAAGUUGUUGUACCACAGAGUAAACAUAAACAAUUACGUAAAUAAAUAUGUAUUUAUAGAUACAGGCAUACCAAAC